AUGGAAGACUACAAUUUCAUGGGCUCAGACAGUAAGUCUAAGACCAUUUGUGCUAUCAUCAGUUUGGUAUCUCUCGUUACUACCAUCCUGAUAGGAAUUAGUUUCGGUUCAGUUGAGCCUACAGAGUAUGGAAUUCUUUACAACACCAUCACCAAGAAAAUAGAUGAGAAAAACAUUCUAACAGGAGGCUUGUAAUAUCUUGGCGUCCCAAACAAAAUCAUUACCUUCCCUAGAGUUAACAAGCAGAUAGAAUUCUCAGACCAAAAGGCUGCAGAUGCCCCUGCACUCUCUACCAGAACUAAGGAGGGUCUAGAACUCAAAUUACACUUCUCAUUCUAGUAUCUACUCCAAAAAGAUUAGCUUGUCAACCUUUACAGAUUAGUUGGAACUGACUACAAUCAACUCUAUACUAGAAUUGCUUCAGAUGUCAUCCUCGCUAAUGCUGGUAACUAUCAUGCUACAGAGUACUGGCAAAAAAGAUCUGAAGUCGGAAACCAACUUGAGAAAGCUCUCAAUGUCAAGCUCCAAGAGGCAUUUGCUAACUGUACUGGACUCAUGCUGUUAAAGAUUGAUUUACCAGAUUCUUAUGAAGACGCUAUUGUUGAUACUCAACUUGUUAACUAACAGAGAUUAACUCAAGAGAAGGUCAAGAGCAUUAAUCUAAUCCUCGCUGGCAUAGAAGUGGAUAAUUCUGUGGCCAACCAGAACAUUUCAAUCAUCAAUGCUGAGGCUCAAUACAAUGCUACCAUAUAUUCCAACAAUAUAAAUGCUAAGAUGAUCAAGAACACAGUCACCAAAUAAGCUGAGGCCUAUACCUAGGCUAAGAAAGAUUUGCAGUUUGACAACUCUAAGAAUCUCUUGGACUUCGUUUACUACUUAAAUAUCAUGAAUCUUGACAAGAAAAAGGAGAACAACAAACUUAUCAUUGGAGUCGAUAACCCAAGAGUCACUCUUCAAGAAGUCGGCAAAGGUUACAAUUUCGCUCCAAGCGCAUUGGUGUGA